UACCCAAACCAGGCGAUGCGACACCAGAUAAGGCCAUAAAGAACCACACCGCACACCGAUUCUCUCCCAUUUGUUUUCUUGAAGCUCCACUAUCCAAAAAAUGGAGGCCUACCAUCUGGGUUCAUAUCGUUUAUCAUCUUCAUCCUCCCUUCGCUCUUUCAACUACAUUACAAACUCCACCCACACCCUCAAACGCCUCCGCCCCCUAAAUUUCCGCAGAGCCAAAAUCAGAGCCGUUGGCACUGUUCCUCAGAGUCAAUCCGAAACCACUGACCCCGAGGAGCCUCCGAUUGUGGAUUUUGCUUUCGUUAAUUCUGUGUUGCUUCCUGAUGGAACCCCCGAUGUGCACUUUCGUCGAGCAUGUGGUGGGCAAAAGCUCAGAAACAUAAUGCUGGAUUCUAACAUUGAAUUGUAUGGGCCUUAUUCGAGAUUUCUGUUGAACUGUGCGGGUGGAGGAACUUGUGGGACUUGUAUGGUGGAGAUCGUUGAAGGGAAAGAGCUAUUGAACCCUCGCACGGACAUAGAGAAAGACAAACUUAAAAGGAAACCAAAAAAUUGGAGACUGGCUUGCCAAACCACUGUUGGGAAACCAGAUUCCAGAGGAAUGCUUGUUGUUCAACAGUUACCUGAGUGGAAAGCUCAUGAAUGGGGUUAUGAGAAAGUAGAGCUUUCAGAGUCAUCUGAAUCUUCAGAAUCUGCAUAAUUUUUAUCCUUUUUUUGUUUGUUACCCAACAAGAAGAUUGAGCUAUGGAGAUUAACUCAUCCACUUUGGAGCCUACAAAGACAAGCUCCAUGUAUCACCUAUCAACAUUGUAAUUAUUCCGUUUAUAUUAUAUAAUCUGUUACUUUUUCCAAGUA